AUGAACGACGACGAGCGCCAGCAGCGCGCAGUGGAGCUCUCGCAGCAGGCAAUCGACUUGGACAAUGCUGGCAACUACCGUGCAGCGUUCGAAUGCUACCUCCGCGCUCUGGACCAAUGGGCGGUUGUCUGCAAGUACCAGAGGAACCCAGUCCUGCAGGAGCGCUUUUGCGCCAAGAUGAAGGAGUACCUGGAGCGUGCAGAGACACUAAAGCGUAUGCUCAACGACAAUGCACCUGUUGACGAAUAUGCGAAAACCGGUGAUGCUGGUGGUGGAGCAGGGGGCUCUGCAUUCAGUGAGCAGGUGGAUCAGCUAUCUAAAAUCCAGAGACCCAACGUUAAGUGGUCGGACAUUGCGGGCCUCGAAGCAGCGAAGGAGUCGCUGCAGGAGGCUGUCGUGCUCCCGUUGCGUUUUCCAAACCUGUUCACGGGCGCUCUCAAGCCGUGGCGUGGCAUUUUGCUCUACGGGCCGCCUGGCACAGGAAAGACGUACCUGGCCCAGGCUUGUGCCACCGAAAUAGCCGCCACAUUCUUGCCAGUGUCUUCGUCCGACAUCAUGAGCAAGUGGCAGGGUGAAAGUGAGAAGUUUGUGAAGUCGCUGUUCCAAACGGCGAGGGAGCGAACGCCGUGUGUCAUUUUCAUUGACGAGAUAGACUCCCUGUGCAGCACCCGUAGCGAGGGUGAUAAUGAGUCGGGCCGUCGGGUAAAAACGGAGUUUCUGGUGCAAAUGCAAGGCGUAUCAGAGGGCGGAAAUGGCGUCCUGGUCCUUGCCGCUACCAACCUUCCGUGGAGCUUGGACUCGGCCAUCAUUAGGCGAUUCGACCGCCGCAUUUACAUACCCCUGCCAGAUAUGCGUGCCCGACGCACCCUCGUAGAGCUGGGUAUGCGGGGUUGCGAACACGAGCUUAAAAGUGAGGACUUCGACGAGAUUGCACGUAAGACCGAAGGGUUCAGCGGUUCAGAUCUCAACGUGGUUGUGCGCGAUGCCCGCAUGCAGCCGCUUCGGAAGUGCAAGGACGCCACCCAUUUCAAGAAGGUGGUACGCAAGUCUCAGACGUACUACGUACCCUGUUCACCUGGUGACCCAGACAAGAGCAAGCGGGAGUGUAACAUUAUGUCAAUAGAGCCCAACAUGCUAGUGCUGCCGCCCGUGACCCGAAUGGACUUUAUGACCAUCCUUUCACGUUCUAAGCCGUCGCUGGCGGCGAACGACAUAGCGGCGUACGUGGAGUGGACCAACAAGUACGGCCAACAGGGCUAA